AUGGAGCUGCUCAGCCUCCCGGGCCUGGUCCUCGCUGCGGCCCUGCUGCUCCUCGUCCUGUGUUUGCGCACCCGGCGCACCAGGCAACCUGGAGAUCCUCCAUUAAUAAAAGGCUGGCUUCCUUAUUUGGGAGUGAGUCUAAAAUUCCAGAAAGAUCCCAUAGGAUUCCUGAAAACUCUUCAAAAGCAAUAUGGUGAUAUUUUCACUCUUCUCAUUGCAGGAAAAUAUAUAACCUUUGUUCUGGACCCUUUCCAGUACCAGUUAUUAUUGAAAUAUCACAGACAACUAAGCUUUCAAAUAUUUGGUAGAAAAUUAGCAGCAAAAGCAUUUUCUGUCAAGAAGUUGCUAGAAAAUGAUGACCUUAACCAUGACCUUCAUGGUGUCUAUCAAUAUUUGCAAGGCAAACCUUUGGAAACACUCUUGGAAAAUAUACUCCAGAAUGCAAAACAAAUUGUUGAUAUACAAUUAGGAGAAAGCAAAAAUUGGAACACAACUCAAAUAUUAACAUUCUGCAGGUCAGUAAUAUUUGAGCUCACAUUUGCAACCAUAUAUGGAAAAAUUCUUGCUGAUGAUAGCAAAAAAAUAAUCAGUGAGCUAAGAGACGAUUUUGUAAACUUUGAUGACAAGUUCUUAUACAUAACAUCGGACAUACCCAUUGAGCUUAUAGGAAAUGCUAAAUCUAUGCAGAAGAAACUUAUACAAUUUUUUAGCUUGGAGAAAUUAACUCACAUACAAGGAUGGUCAGAAAUUGUUCAACAGAGGCAAAAUAUCCUGGAGAAAUACUAUAAUCUUGAGGACACUGAAAUAGGAGCACAUCAUUUUGCCUUUCUCUGGGCCUCUGUGGCAAACACUAUUCCAGCUAUGUUCUGGGCAAUGUAUUAUCUUCUCCGGCACCCAGAAGCUAUGGAAGCACUGCGUGAUGAAAUUGACCAUUUUCUGCAGUCAACAGGUCAAAAGAAAGGGUCUGGAUUUUCCAUCCACCUCAACAGAGAACAAUUGGACAGCCUGGUAUACCUAGAAAGCAUCAUUUUUGAGGUCUUUCGACUAUGUUCACAUUCUGGCGCAUUUCGUAUUGUUGAAGAGGAUUUGAUUAUCAGUUCUGACACCAGUGACUGCCGUCUGCGGAAGGGAGAAUUGAUAGCCAUUUUUCCUCCAAUGCUACAUAAUGACCCUGAAGUUUUUGAAGCUCCAGAGGAAUUUAGAUUUGAUCGCUUUGUUGACGGUGGUAAGAAGAAAACUACCUUUUUCAAAAGAGGGAAGAAGCUGAAAUUCUACAUAAUGCCUUUUGGGUUUGGAGCCAACAAAUGUCCAGGCCGAUUUCUAGCCAUUGCUGAAAUAAAGCUUCUGUUGUUUUUAUUUUUAACAUAUUUUGAUUUUGAAAUACUUGACAACCAACCUCUAAGACAAAACCACAGCCGUUUGUUGUUAGGUAUUCAAUAUCCAGAAUCUGAUGUUUCCUUUAGGUAUAAGGCAAAAGUUUAGAGAAACAGAAAGAGGGAAAUGAAAUCUGCAGGAAUGAGCCUGUCAUAAACUUGCUUAUCUGUUGUUCAUUUCUCCAAAUGUUAUUGCUGUGCAUAUUUGUUUUAGAAGUGCCAAUUUAUAUUUUAUCUGAGGUCAGUCCUAUUUUGUACAUGGUCACAAAACUUAAAGCAGUAUGGUGGCAUUAAAAUGAUCCUCAGAAUCACCUUGAAGUUCAAAAUAGCUUUUGAAAGCUUCCACUUAGUGUGAUUUUUCACUUGGUUUAAUAAGUGCAACUUCUCAGCCAUAAAUUUGGCAAUGGGAGAAUUUUAAGUCACUCAAAUUCUUCUCUAAUAUGUAAAAGUACAUUUUAUGUACCACUGGGGGAAAAAUGUGUUAGAAAUGGACCUAGACUAACAAGUUCUAAAUUCUCAAAGAUGGAAAUUAAGUUUCUGUGAGCUACACUAUAUGAAAAUGUUCUCUUCAACUAUAAUAUCAAUAAUAUCUAUAUUGCUGGGGCACGUUUGCAUUAAAUGAGUUUUGCAGCAGAUUAAAUGUUUUGACUUCACUUCCACAUUUAAUCAUCCAUAAAUGUUUUUUAUUACUUUGUAUACUGUGGCUCAAUAGAACAAAAUUUCUUGUUAUAUAAGACCUCUCAUGUUCAUGUUAGAUGCUGAUAAGAUUUAGUGUAUAAGAAAACACCAAUUCUGCCAUUGCCUUAGACAUUAGGAUUAGGUUUAUUACAGGACCAAAUGUUGAAAUCAUUUCAGCAUUCACUGUAGCAUUUGGCUUUAGUAUAAACUGUAAGAGGUAUGUCAGUAUUGCAAUAAACACUGUCCUAAAUGUUUCCAUUUAUAAAACCUGGGACACUAGAUAACAGUGUUUGUUCUUUUCAUCUUACCUUUUACACUUGGAAUUCAUUUGCAUUAUUUUGGAGUAUGGCAUUAUGUAAUACAAUA